UAUUCCCCUUAAGCACGGUACUGACUUCAAUCAGCGUUCCCCUCGCAAAGUGAAGUUGUCGCUCUAAACUAAAGUGAAUGUAUUAAAAUGUUACUCUGUGCAUACUCUCUGUGGGUGGUGUCGAUGUGAUAGCUCUUAUUAAACAGAUAAUGCUUAACUGACUGGGAAAAAGAAAACAAAUAAGGCCAGGAUGGAGCUCCCAGUUCUAGACAAGUUUUGCUUCGUGUUCGAUCUGAAGACAGGAUGCAUGGUGAUGGGCUUAGCCAAUACUAUCAUAACCUUCGUGCUGACGCUGCUGCUGAUCACGUUCGCGGUGAACAUCAAGGACAUAUCGGAGGCGCAGAUGAAGAGGGACGAUGUGGAGUACGCCAUGUCCUCCGUGGUGUACACCAUCGUGGUCCUCCUCAUUGUCCUGCUCGUCGUCAAGUUCCUUCUGGACCUGGUCUUCGUAUACGCAGUUUAUAAAGAAAAAUGCAGCCUCCUGAAGAAGUACUGCAUCUUCUGGAUAAUAUUCCUGGUCCUGUACAUCAUUGGCUUCCUGAAGACCCUGUUCCACAUGGACGCUGGCCACGUCAUCUCGCAGAUAAUCUUUAUAGCUGAAAACUUCUACUUCAUCGUGGUGACCAGGAGCUAUUUGAUAUCAAUAAACGAAGACGGUGUCCUGUAAAUAGUUCCUUUUAUUAUUAACAAGUUUCAAAAACCAACAUCUAUGUACUACCAAAGUUAAAAAAUCCGGGAGUAAAAAUUCCAAAAGCACAAUUUGGAAAAUACAUAAUUUUUAUUUAUUUAUCGUGAAAUUCAUGUAACCUUACUUCAGUGAUUUUGUAAGGUUCGAAUAGAUCUUUAAAAAGUAUAAUAUAUGUAACCGAGUUUAGCAAAUUGUACCGAUAGAUGGCGAUCUUAACGCAUAGGAAAUCAAUGUGUAAACUUGUAUCGAAUAGAUUGUUGAUAAUAUAUAUAUUAUACAUACCACUAGAUAGAAUUAUACAUAUCAAGGAUUAUCUUUCUCUCUCCGUACUUUUGUUAAUGAAAAUUAUAAUUCAAAAGUUAAAAUUAAACAAUUACUUCGAGGAUUGAAGAAAUAAAGAACGAAUGUGAGGAUAGUAAAAUAACAUCUGAAUAUUUAUAUGAACGAAAAGAAACAAAGUUAACGGACCAAAGUAUACAGAGAUUCUGUAUAAAAUCAUUAUCAUCUUCAACAAUUCCUUAUAUUUUAUGUAUAAACAUUUACUUUGUAAGUCAAUACUGCAAUAAAUUUAGGAACUGCCAUCAAACAGGCUGGAUCGCAAUGACUUUGUGUUAUAUUCGUGUAAUGAAAAAUUGUUACGCUGUAUAUUGUUAAGUUAAAUGUUGCUAAUUGAUGUUAUUUGUAUAGUUUGUUAAACGUGCGUUAUAAAACUUCUAAUUAAUUAAUUAUUAUUAUUAUAUUUAUCUUUUUUAUAUAAAAAUCAGUUGCUGUUCAUUAGUCUUGUUAAAACUCGAGAACGGUUGGAUCGACUUGGCAAAUUUUGGUCUUAAGUUGUUUGUGGAAGUCCAGGAAAUGUUAGGGCGUACGAAGUUUGCCGGGUCAUAUAGUUUAUUUAUAAAAACACUGUUAAAAGUACACAGACCUCCUGGUCCAAAAACGAAUUGAUUAAUUUUAUAUACAUAGUUCCAAAUACUUAAAAGAAAAUAUUCCUAAAUAAUUCGUCCCAAUCGAAUCAGAUGUUUUUAACUAUUUAUUUAAUUUUGUAAGUAAAAGAAAACAGUUGUAUGGAUUUAAUUUUGUAUUAAGAGUUUAUAAAUGAUAAAGUACAUUAUAUAUUUCGUGUUGUAUAAUUAUAUAUUUAUAGUUUAUUCUGGUUGUGAUGAACUUCCGCUGAAUCGUUUUUAUUGUGUAUACUGGAAUUGUAUAAAUGUAUAGUAAAAUGUUGUUUUAUAUCAUUUUGAUAUGAAGAUUUGUCUUCCAUUUUGUAGAUUUAAGUGAUCUUCAUUUGUUGUGAAGUUUGGGAUUGUAUUAUGUGUUAAGGCUUCAUUCGGUUGUUGGCGAGAACUUUAAAAUGUUAAAAUAACGAUUUGAAAAGUAUUUUAAUGAAUUUUUUUAAUAUGUAAAAUGAGCGAAAAGGUAUUUGUACGUAGGUGUGUUUACAUUCUCUUGAUAUACCGUAUCUAUUUUAUGAAGAUUGUAUUUUAUUAUAAAGACUUCGGUUUUGUGUUAAAAAUUGAGCUUACGUGAUUAUACGAGUUAAUUGAACAGCAGAAUAAAGUCCAACAUGUCCAGUCUCGCCAACAACCGACUUACGAUGUUCGUAUAUAGCCUUCCUUCAAAUAUAGACAUUAUUGGGCUUGAUUAGAUCUCAAUUUUGUAUAACACAUUAAAACUACUUAAUAUAUUGUAUAACAUAUUUUAUAACACCUUUUUUAUAUAUUUAUCAUUUAAACAUGUGAAAUUCUUAUUAUUCAUUUACAUUUAAGUAUAAUUUUUGGAACCAUAUAUUCAACUUAAAUACUUUUUUAUUGACAUUUUAAAUAACAACUGAGAUUCAUAUAGGCAUUAUACGUCAUAUUCUAUUUAUAUUUAUAUCUACUCAAAAUAUAUUUGGUAUUAUUUACGUAAUUUGGACAUGAUAUACUACGGGAAUAGGGUUUCGAUGAAAAAGGAGCUUAUCAAUUUUAUAUUGCACGUGAAUACAUAUCUAUCUGUAUCGUUGCAUAUUAAGAUUGUAUUUGUUUUGAGAAAAGGGCGUUAAACUACGGAUUAAAGUCUCGAGAGAUUUGAAAAAUAAUUAUAUAUUGGGGCAAUAUCACGGGGUCACCGCGUAAUUGAUUUUACAAAGACACUGAUCUGACUUUAAAAUUAUAUAGUUUUAUCUCAUAUAUGUGUUAUAGUAACUAUUAAUAAUAAGCUAUAUAUUAUCGUUUAGUGGGAUGAUUGGUGAAAAUUAAUUAACAGAAUAUGACUGACAAUAACUAUCUUCCAAAUAACCUGAUCUAAAUCAAAUCUAUUUACUAAAUCCUCGUUGGCUAGGGACCUCAUGUGAGAGGUGACUUCACAUACAGGGACUCACAUGAGGAUGUGUGUCCGUGUAUGUAAGUAACAGCUCUGAAAGUGUGGGAGAGCCAUGCUUCGGCACGAAUGGGCCACGGCCUCACAGAAAACCGACGUGAAACAACGCUUGCGUUGUGUUUCGUUGUGUGGGUGACCAAUUCCUUCCCCUUCCCAAUCCCCGAUUUCCCAACAACCCUUAAAUUCCUAAACCUAAAAGGCCGGCAACACACUUGUAACGCCUCUGGUGUUUUAAGUGUCCAGGGGCGACGGCUAUUGCUUACCAUCAGGAGAUUAAGGCUGCUCGUCUGUUCCAUAAAAAAUAAAAAGAAAAAAAUAAGUCUUCUGUAGACGUUACUUCAUCAACUUAAUUUAACCGAAACAUCCUUAAUUUUAUACACGUGUAGAUCGAUGACAGGUGACCCUUUGAACCUCUCUCGAGACUAAACAAAUACUUUAAAAAUAUAUAUCAUUAUCUAUUGUUUUCAUUUCAAUAUACAAUUUAUAUAUUAGUGUAUAUUAUAUGUAUUAAACAACGAUUCUUAAUCUAUCUGUGUGGGUCCCCUUUUGUGUAAUAAUAGGUUAGUGGGCGAUCCAGUAUAUGGUAUAAUUAUUAGCUGUGAUUGUUCUAGUGUCCAUGAACGCAGUAACAAAUGAUGGGAACAUGUUCAUUGGUUGUUGUUGACAUACUCUGCAGUACUGUAAUGUACAAUACAUAAUGCAGAUAUAUGUGCAGGGUGGAAUUAAUGCAGCUUUCGUAUGACUCAGGUAUGUAACAGAUAAGUAAUUGGUAUUUAUGAGUCUGUCCUUUUCCAAAGUUAUUUUGAUAUGGUACAACAUCAAAGGUACACGUAUUAUUGUAUAAUAAACGCUUACUUACACUUGCCACAGUCUGAGUCAACACGACAAUAGUGUACGAAAAUAUUACACCCUGUACAUACCAAAAAGACCAUAAUAUAGAAUGAAUACUUACAUAUAUAUAUAUAUAUAUAAUACCAUAUCAUUGAUUGUAUUUUAAAUACAAUACAAUCCAGGAACAAUGAAUAUCAAAGUUUUAAAUUAAAAUUAUAUAAUUUGACUGACCAGUUAAAGUACUGAGUUUAAAAUGUGACUAUAAUAAUCUGAUUUCAUGGAAUACCCAAAUAUUGCUUAGAUCUGUAUAAAUUAGAUAAAUUGAUGUGUAUUAAAUGUGUGUAGGUACCAAAUAAACUAAAUAACGACAAUAAUACGUCCUUCGCUUUAAUUAGCUAAUAGAAUAUUGUAUUCCUGUCUGUACCUGUCCACUGUUGGGAAGCAAAUAGAUGUAUAUUUUUCUUAUAUAUAUAUCCAAUAAUACAAUAUAUAAUAUACAAUGAUAGGGGUUGGAAUUCUAACCCGUUAAGGCUGAGUACUACAUCUAAUUUUAUCGACAAAAAAAAUAUAUGGGGGUUGAACCCCUAAUUGAAAGUAGUGAUAAAUAGUGAUUUUUUCGGUAAAAAUAAUUCACAAAUGAUUUCUUUUCUCACCAAACAUUAUCAAACAUAUGAAAAAAGUAAUGAAUUAGUUAGCCAAGGUUAUUAGCUACUGUUUGUCGUUUUUUUUUGUUUCUACGACGCAUGCAACCUUUAACAUAACUUUUAGGGGGAGGGGAUUCGACCCCUUCGCCCCCCGACUUUUGUCGAUACAAUUAGAUGUACUACUCAGCCUUAACGGGUUAGAAGUCUCACCCCUAUCACAUUGUAUAUGUAAUAACUUUUACAUAUUAUAGUUACAGAAAUAUUAUUACAUACCUAUUAUUUUUCAGUAUUUUCUAUUUGGUAUAAAAUUUUCUUUUGGCCAUUAUUUUAUAAUCUUGUUUAAUCGUGAAAUUGUGUUAUAAAAGAAGUAAAGUUAUACACAUAGAUACAACUUAUUUUAAACUAUUUCCUACUAUAUAUAUAUAUUAUAUUAUAAUUUAAAAUCUAUUUGCUUCACCUAAAAUCUAAAAAUAUGAGAAUCCCCUGAGCAUCGGUCAUUACUAUAAUAAGUUGUCAGUAUUGCAGAAUUGAGGAGUAUAAUAAUGUAAAAGGGUUUUCUUAUAUUUUAUACUAAAUCUUUAUAAUAUUUACCUACAUAUUGUAACUUGUACUUCCCCUUUACAGUGUACUCUAAUUAUUUGUUAGAAAACGUUUUAUAAUAAAUGUAUAUUAUUAUUGUAUAGUGUGGGUUUACUCAUAUUGGACGUUAUUAAUUGUUAUUUACCAUGUCACCAUUUACUGGGUAAAAACAUAAAUAAUCUUUCUAUAAUUUAUAUACGGUAUAAAUUUGUAUAUGUAUAAGUAUAUUGUCCCUUUCAUACAAUCAAUAAAAGAGGCAUUGAACUCCGUCGUAACUUUAAAUAUACAACCUUUUUGUUGAAGAUUUACUGUUUAUUUGUACCUGUGCUAUUUUAUACGAUAAAUAUUUCAAGUAUAUAUUGUGAAAUUGUGUUGCUAGAAUGUUCAAGAAUGUUCUAGAAAUUUCUGAUUCCUGUUCUAAAGAUUCUUUCUCUGUCUGAUAUGAAGAGGCCCACAUAUUUAAUGUUUGCACAACUAUUGAUCAAUUAUAAACGCUUUAAAUGUUGUAACAAUUAUUUACAAUGUGGAUUGAAUUUAAUUUUAUAGAAAAUUUUGAUGUUUGUGAUCGUUGUACAACGCUUUGUUAAAUGCAUUGAGUAUUUAAAAAUAAAUGAAAAGUUAUAGCUA